AUGAGCGCCGUGGCCCGCGCCAAUGAGCCCUUUCAGACAUACCCCGACUGCUCCCAGGGGCCUCUCUCGGAGAUCGCGGUGUGCGAUCGCACCCUCUCCGAAGCGGACCGGGCCGCUGCCCUCGUGGCUGCCCUAACCGACGAGGAGAAGCUAGACAACCUAGUCAGCAAGUCACCGGGUGCUUCCCGCAUCGGCCUGCCGGCGUACAACUGGUGGAGCGAGGGUCUUCACGGCGUAGCCGCUGCUCCCGGUACACAGUUCAAGGAGGGCGAUGGCGAGUUCAACUCGUCGACGUCGUUCCCGAUGCCGCUGCUGAUGGCGGCCGCCUUCAACGACCAGCUGAUCGAGGACAUCGGCAAUGUCAUCGGUACCGAGGCCCGCGCCUUCGGCAACAGCGGCUGGUCCGGCCUCGACUACUGGACCCCCAACGUCAACCCGUUCCGUGAUCCCCGCUGGGGCCGCGGCUCCGAGACCCCCGGCGAGGACGUCCUGCGGCUCAAGCGGUACGCGGCGUCCAUGAUCCGCGGCCUCGAGGGUCUCGAGGACGACCGCAGCGCCGAGCCGCGCAUCAUCUCGACGUGCAAGCACUACGCGGGCAACGACUUUGAGGACUGGAACGGCUCGAACCGGCACAACUUCGACGCCAUCAUCUCGACGCAGGACCUCGCCGAGUACUUCCUGGCUCCCUUCCAGCAGUGCGUGCGCGACUCGCGCGUGGGGUCCAUCAUGUGCGCGUACAACGCCGUCAACGGCGUGCCGUCGUGCGCCAACUCGUACCUCAUGGACACCAUCCUCCGCGAGCACUGGAACUGGACCGAGCACGACAACUACAUCACCAGCGACUGCGAGGCCGUGUCCGACGUGUGGCUGAACCACCACUACGCUAGCAGCAACGCCGAGGGCACCGGCAUGUGCUUCGAGGCCGGCAUGGACACCAGCUGCGAGUACUCGGGCUCCUCCGACAUCCCGGGUGCCUCGUCGGGUGGGUAUCUGACCUGGCCGACUGUCGACCGCGCCCUGCAGCGGCUGUAUCGCAGUCUCGUGCGCGUGGGCUACUUCGACGGCGACAACUCCACCCACGCCUCGCUGAGCUGGGAGGACGUCAACAAGCCCGAGUCGCAGCAGCUCGCCCUGCAGGUGGCCACCGAGGGCAUCGUGCUGCUCAAGAACGACGACACCAACACUCUGCCGCUGCCGGAGGACAUCAAGGACAAGACGGUAGCCCUGAUCGGGUUCUGGGCCGAUGCGGGUGAUAAGCUGUCCGGCGGGUACAGCGGUUCGGCCGCGUUCAUGCACUCCCCCGCGUAUGCCGCCAAGCAGCUGGGCUGGACCGUCAAGGUGGCCGACGGGCCGAUCCUCCAGGACGCUGGCGACAACGACACCUGGACGGCCCCGGCCCUCGAGGCCGCCCAGGACGCCGACUACAUCCUGUACUUUGGCGGGCUCGAUACCUCGGCCGCGGGCGAGACCAAGGACCGCAUGACGCUCGACUGGCCCACAGCCCAAGUAGCCCUGCUCGAGGAGCUCGGCAAACUCGGCAAGCCCAUCGUCGUGGUGCGCAUGGGCGAUCAGAUCGACGACACCCCGAUCCUCGAACUCGACGGCGUCAUCAACGCGCUUCUGUGGGCCAACUGGCCCGGUCAGGACGGCGGCACAGCCGUCAUCGACCUCCUCCGCGGCGCUCAAAGCCCAGCCGGUCGUCUCCCAGCCACCCAGUACCCGGCCAACUACACCGACGCCGUCCCCGUCACCGACAUGAACCUCCGCCCAUCCGAGACCAACCCGGGCCGCACCUACCGCUGGUACUCCACCCCGAUCAAGCCCUUCGGUUUCGGCCUGCACUACACCACCUUCACCGCUGCCUUCGGCGAGCACUCCCUGUUCUCCUCCUCGGGCGCCAAUAACGGCAACGGCAAGAACAACGGUAAGACCAACGGCAAAUCCAACAACGGCCAAGGCAAAGGCAAAGGCAAAGGCAACGUCAAACCCGUCACCGUCAAAACCACCGCCAUCAAAGACCUCCUCACCGACUGCACCAACACCUACCCGGACACCUGCCCCCUCCCGCCACUCACCGUCAACGUCACCAACACGGGCAACCGCACAUCCGACUACGUCGUCCUAGCCUUUGUGUCCGGCGAGUACGGACCCAAGCCCUACCCGCGCAAGACCCUCGCCUCAUACACCCGCGUGAGCGCCGUCAAGACCGAUGCGCCCGCCACCGCGACGCUGGAGUGGACCGUUGGUAACCUUGCGCGGCAUGAUGAGAACGGGAACACGGUGCUGUACCCGGGCACGUACACGCUGUCGCUUGAUGAGCCGGUGCAGGAGGCUGCGAGUGUGCAGUUUACCCUGGAAGGGGAUGCUGUUGUGCUUGAUGAGUGGCCGGCGCCGCCGGCGGCGAAUGGGACUGCAACGCGCCGUUAA